AUGGCUCUCAUCAUGUUCAGGGGUACGGCACCCAUCCUCUUCUUCUGCAGCGUCCUGACCUUUGCACACUGCUGUGAUUGGCUCAGCCACUACAACGACCUGAGGAACAGCACUCUGGUUCUGAUCGAUUCCCUGGGAGGUCAGAUCUCCACCACGACCACGACUCGUCUGCCAUUCCGAGGCACACUGUACAAGAAGAUGUAUGGGAGAGAGGAGAACUCCCAGCUGCGCUUCAUCAGAGACAGUCUGGAGCAGAUUUACAAUCUGUAUCGCCAUGGCGACAUGUCGGCGGCCGGCUGGGACGACGGGAAGACAACCAACUUCCUGGAGAGCAUCAACAGGCAGAUCGUGGAGCUCAAUGAGUGUGUGAAGUCAACUCACAACGAGACAACAAGCAAACCUUAUGAGGUUUACAAGAAGAAACUGAAGCGCUACUACCAAAACCUGAAGAACCACACUCUGCUCGACCUUGGCGGCAGAGACGGCUGGGAGAUGCUCAGGAGGGCGACCGAACAGAACCUGAUCCAACUGGAGCAGCUGGGGAACCGGAUCAAAGCCAACAGGGGGCAGCAUUGAGCGAUUUAGCAUUUCUACCACUGAAACCAAGUCAAUACGCCUCAACUAGCGUUUUAUUGUUUUUUUUUUUUUUUUGAGCUACUUGCUUAUAAUAAGCUAUUACUUAUUUAUAUAUUUAUUAUUUAUAUUCUAUUUUUUAUCUAUUUAUUUUGUUAUUUUUAUAUGAAAAUAAAUUAUGAAACAUCUUAUUUGUUGAAUGGUUUUGUGUUGGGUUUUUUUUGGAGGGGGGGUUAAAAACAAAACCCAAAAAGCUGAGAUAAGCAGAAAAGAUAUGAACAUUAAUGUAGUAAAUUAUUGAGUUUAUUGAGCUGAAAUCAUGUCAAAUAUGAGACUGAAGUGAAACAGCCACAUAUUCGAAUUUGUUUUCUUUUGACUGAAAACGUAUCAUUACCAGGUUCUCAAAUGUAUUCAUUUUUUCCUCCAGAGAACAAAAAAAUCAUGGACAAAACUAAACAGACCUCAAGAAAACCUGAAAUUUAAAGGGAAUAUUCUAAAUUUUAAUCAUGAUUUUUAAUCAUAUAUUGGUUGCGUCCUCAAACUGUCACCUACAUCUCGCAUUCUUAUAAUAGGGUGAGAAUGUUAUACAAUAUGAGAGUGUAACAGAGAAAUAACACAGCAAGAAAACAGUGAUAAAGUGUAACAGGUGUGAGAAAUGAGAAUAUUACAGAGUGCUACAGUAUAAAAAAUGGAACAAAGUGAAACUGAGUCUGAGUUUUCAGAUGUAACAUAUUGACACUGUAAGAGUGCAAACUGCAACAAGUGUGAAACUGUUAGAGGCGUAACACGGUGAGAUAGUGUGGCAGUAGUGAGAAACAGUGCAAGAGAUUAAAACUGUGUAACAGGAGGAGCAGUGAUAUUGGUGUAAACGUGUAAGAGUGAGACUCACUGGUGUAAAACACCGAAACAAUGAAAGAGUGAUACAGGGUAAAAAGAGGAACAAAGUGAAAGAGUCGUACAGGUGCAGUGCAAUCGAUUGAAACGAUGUGAAAGAGUGAGACAUAGUGAGAGUGUGACAGAGUGACGGCCCCACAGCUGUAAAACUGUCCCUCGUUUUCAUCAGUUUUGAGUUUUCAGGAAUGUUUUCUCUUGGCUGCUGGAUCAGUUGGAGAUUCUUUGGUGUUUUAAAGAUCCAAAGGAACUAAAAGUCUUUUUCUCCAGUUUAGAAAUCUUCAAUUUCCAAAUUUUACAGACGACUGAUUAUUGAACAGAAAAUAUCAGGGUUGACACUGACACUGGAUCAAACUCAGAUCAAGGCCAUUCAAUAUUACUUUAUUUCAACUGGGAAGACUGGAAGCAUACAAUACUGGAUAACUGGGUGACAUUAUUCACAUGGAGCCUCAUAGCAUAUUUACAUAAGAACCUAAUUAUUUUACAAGUACAUCGGGGACAGGAAACAUUAUUCUUCGUAUAACUGGUAGCCAAGCUGCAGAUGCAGAGGCUCCACCCUUAUUACUUUUAAAGCAGAGCGUAACCUUCCACUUCACAAAGUAGUACCAACCAAAAUACAGAAGUGGCAAUCGACACAGAUGAUGAUGGUUAUCAUCUGUAUCAUCUAGCUAACUGGAUAAACUGGACCAAAGGAAGCAGCUGGUCUCAAUAGUCACAGAGCUCCACCUUCGGACAUGCUGGCCCUGAAGGUCACAUAGGCCGCAUUGUAGGCCAGACUGGGCCCACUAGCUUUUCCUUGGACAAAACCGUGCUGCACGCCGUUCAACAUCUCCGUGUAGAGCUCCUUGUUGCACGGCUUGUCCUUGCUGAACUCUCCCACGGAGUACCAGUUGGAGAAGAGGUUGCAGUCGUUGGGGACAGAGAACAUGACGGCCAGCUGGCUGCGGUUCUCCCUGGUUGAGGUCUGAAGGAUGUCGUAGGUGAAGACGGCCACCGAGCCUCAGACCGACCAAGGUAUCUUCUUAAAGAGCGCGGUGCUGGAUUCAGACGGACGGAGAGUUGGAGGCAGAGGAGACUCACAGUUCCCGCAGAAAAGAUAGACCCUGACCAGAGACACAAAGAGAUUUAAAAAAGCUGGUGAUGACUCUGAUCUUCAGUCUACUUCAACCUUUAGUCUGAAUCUGCCUUCACACCACUUUAACACUCAGCUUGUUUCUAGUCUAGUUCUACCUUCGGCCUACAUCAACCUUCAGUCUGGUUCUACUUUCUGUCUUUUAGAUCUGUAGCCCAAACUUGAGUCGAAAUAAAGGCCAAGACAGACCAAAAUUAUGUGCUUGAUGGUGAUGUAGUUUCUGGUUUCUGUAGCAUGUUUUUCAUUAGCCGAAAAUACAUCAAGAACAAAGAAAACUAAAUGAGAAGGCAUAAGUGUUGAUUCAUUAAUGAUCUUACAGUAUAACUAGAGGAGGAGGUAGUUUAUCCCGUUGAAGACAGAGAGAAGUGUGUAACAGUCAACUAGACUGCAACAAGCCCAGUGCACUGCACAGCUGAUGUGUAUGCUGAGUGCAGACAGACUGCAGACAGCAUCCGUCUGCUGGAGAACAUCUUGGUGCUCUCCUUCUGGGAAGUAGUCUGUGCCCCACUGUGAAGCUGAUGGACAGAUUUGAGGUCACCCAAGCUGCCAUCUUCAUUCCACUUUGUUGUUGUUUUAAACUGACAUAAUUUACAGUCGUGUACAGUAAGGUCACGGAUUAUUAUGGUCAUCAAAAUCUGUGACCAUUGAGAUCCUGGCUAUUUGAG